AUGUCUGGUUUGCCUGCAUAUCAUGAGAAUAACUUUCCGGCUCAAAAGGCUAUGAAUAACUACAGUAACAAUUCGUAUCAAGGAAGCUCUGUAACCUCUAGAUGCGAUCAAAAUGCUUCAUCGCUUAAUGCUAUGCCACAAGAUUUCGGUAUUGACGCACAACAAAACCCCGCUUCUACCAAUUAUUCCAUUAAUGGCUCCUCACAAGCCCCUAAUGUCUAUAAUUCAUUCUCAACAUCACAAGCACCGUACCAACAUCAAUACCCUUCUCAACCUCUACAACAACAGCCUCUGAAUUCAGAUGUCGAAUCCUUUCAGACUGGUUUCCAAACUGAGCAAAGUCCCUCCAAUACACCUCACUCAAAUCAGUCUUAUUUAAAUAACUACUCUCAACAACAGCAACAAUGGAAAAGUGUCAAUAGUGAACAACAGCAUCAGACACCACAGGCUUAUUCUACCUCUCAGUAUCAAGUUGCUCCUCCACCUCCCGUUAACAACUACUCUUCUCACCAUUACCAACAGCAAUCUCAUAAUCACGUGUCAGAAAGUGCUAACAAUCAACAACAACAGGGGGCUUAUUCUCAAGAUCCUCCUUCCUCAAAUCCGUCUCAAUCGGCUACUAAUUACUCAUCUUAUAAGCAUCUACCCACCAACCAUCCUCUUCAGAACCAGCAACAGUAUUAUGGUGAUAAAUCUGCUGCAAUGCCUCAGCUCUAUCCUCCACCACUAAAUCAGCCUACUUAUUCGUCUCAACAGUGCUCUUAUCAGCAGAAUUCAUAUCCUAGUCAAUCACCUUCAUUGGCCAGGCAUCAUCAAAUGACACAAAGAGUGCGCUCCACAAAUGUUUUCAAUUCGAUACAAGACCCGUAUCAGCAGCGUUAUGCCAGCAAUUCUAAUCAUCAAGAUUCAUUUGAACGGGUGCCUGGAACAUCAAUAUCUUCUGAGGAGUGGAAUUUAUUUAAAGGUCCUAUCAGUCUUGUCAAUGAUAGUAACUUUCUGCCAAAUGAUGGGCCUGAAAAGCCACCUAAGCCCAUUUUGACCACACAAGUCAACUGUCAUUCUGAUUAUUUGCGGAGUACAUUAACUGCCGUGCCAAUCAACAGUAAAUUGCAGUCCAAAUGUCGUCUACCGUUUGGAUUGCUUGCUCAUCCCUUUCGAGAUGUUAAAGAUCUGCCGGUCAUUCAGACCACAACGAUUGUUCGUUGUCGAUCGUGUCGGCUCUACAUAAACCCGUUUGUUAAGUUUAUUGACAAUGGUCGUCGUUGGCGUUGUCCAGUGUGUAUGCUCUCCAAUUCAGUUCCAGAUGACUUUUUUUAUGACCCCACUACGAAGACUUACGGUGAUCCAGCACGAAGACCUGAGAUUAGAAACGCCACUCUUGAGUUUAUAGCUCCUUCGGAUUAUAUGGUCCGGCCACCACAGGCCGCCACAUAUCUCUUCUGCUUGGAGGUCUCUCGAAUUGCUGUCACUUCGGGUUAUCUCGAAUUAGUAUGCAAUAUGAUAGCUGAUAACCUUGAAAAAAUACCCGGUGAUUCUAGGCGUCAGAUUGCCAUUCUGACCUAUGACUCUGGUGUGCAGUUCUACGUCUUUAAAGGUAAGAAAAUGAAAAUGGUGAUAUGCCAGGAUCUUUCGGAAGUGUUCCUUCCUGAUUUGGACGGAAUGGUGAAUCGUAUCAGUGAUUGUGCUGAAUCUAUCAUCGAACUUCUUCGACAGAUCCCAGAGCAAUUUGCAAAUACUCAGGAUACCUCCAACUGUCUAGGUUUCGCUCUACAGACUGCGCUGAAGUUGAUUGGUAACACAGGCGGUCGCUUGUCAGUCUUCAACGUCAGUAUUCCAAACGUGGGUCCGGGUAAAAUGGAAAACCGUGGGACGCACGAUGACCUUACUAAACCCAAUCCGGAGCAUCUUCGUCCUUCCUCCGACUUUUAUCGGACCAUCGCUCUCGAAUUCUCCCAAGUCUAUGUAGGCCGAGAUAGUCCCACUAUGUUUAUGGAAAUUGCUGUGGAUAUGUUUAUGUUGAAUUCGAACUACUGUGACAUUGCAACCAUUUCGGGAGUGUCUCGAUAUUCUGGUGGUUCCGUUUACCAUUACCCUAACUUUCACUACGAUCCCGAAGUUCAUGGUCCACUAUCAGUAUCUUCGGAUUCUGGUGAUUCAGGAGGUGUUCAGACUGAUCACCAAAACAAACAGAAAAAGGUUGCCUCUCAUGAAUUGUGUGAUUACAUUGAAGUGGAGAGUUUACGCAAAGAUUUUCAACGCUAUUUGACAAGAAAAAUUGGUUUCGAGGCUGUUCUUCGAGUGCGUUGCUCUAGAGGCAUCAAUAUUCAGAAUUUCUACGGCAAUUUCUUCAUGCGUUCAGUUGAUCUUCUGAACUUGCCCGUUGUGAGUCCAGACGCAGGUUAUGCCCUACAGUUAGAAGUGAACGAUAGGUUAGACAGUUUCCCUCAAGUUGUUUUUCAGUCAGCUCUUCUGUAUACAUCAGCUUAUGGUGAUCGUCGAAUUCGAGUUCACACCCUGUGCUUGCCGGUAACGGAUUCUCCUGAGGCUGUUUUCAACUAUGCUGAUGAGGGAGCAAUCGCCUGCUUAGUGACGAAAAUGGCUGUUGAACGCACUAUUUCUGCAGGCCUGGGUAAUGCAAGGGAAGCCCUAACUACCGUGAUGAAUGAUAUUCUCACUGCUUAUGAAAAUGAACGUAAUUCAGGAUCUUCUCGUUCCUCAACCCUUUCGGGCAUUUGUCCGGCUUCACUUCGUCUUCUUCCAGCCUAUCUAUGCGGUGCUCUGCGUUUCCCGGCUUUCAGGAAUCAUCUUCCAACCUCUCUUGAUAUUCGUUCUGGUGCACUCGAACAAAUUACCUGUGCAUCAGCUUCGCAAAUCUUGGCACUCCUAUAUCCUCGUCUCUACUCUGUAAACUCCUUCAUUUCUGAAUCUCAUAUCGGAAAGGAUGCUACUUUGUUACAGAAAGCUGCUGCCCUCUCCCUAAAUGACUCAGCCCCUCCCUCUACCCUUCCGUCGUUACCUUGCCUUCCCUUGACAGGAAAGUCAAUAACUCGGGAUGGGGUGUACCUCCUUGACACGGGUAAUUUAAUCCUCCUUCUUGUUGGCUAUGGUAUUCCUUCAGCGGAUUUGAAGUCCCUCAUCGGCUACUCAAGUAUAGAUGAGCUAACCGUAGAGAAGGCAGUUACGAAACUGGGAGAUUUAUCAGAGGAUGAAAAGGCAUCCUUACCGAGAAGACGUCUACAAACCUUGAUAAACUCAAUCCAGCGUGAAAGAUACCUGGGAACGGCGCUGGCUUUGAUCCGUCACGAUGUGCCAGAACCCCUUAAAGGCCGAUUUAUUAAUGCCCUAGUUGAAGACAAGUCUCCCACGUGUCCAUCCUACUCCGAAUAUGUUCAGAUGAUCCUUAAUGGAAACUCUUAG